AUGCCUUCCCAAUCAUCCUACGCCUACAUGCCACUCGAUGACGACUCCACCUCAAGGUCGGGUUCUAGAGGAGGCCCAAGUGGAAUAAUGUCACCUUCACCACAGAAGACCCGGUAUCUCGGUAUGAAGGGGACCAAGCUGAACGUCUGGGUUACGGUCGCGUGUACAGCUGCCAUGACUCUCUUCGGCUACGACCAAGGUGUCUUCGGCGGGAUCAUCGUAACAGAGGACUUCCUCAAGACCAUGGGAUACCCGGAUCCACAUCUCCAAGGAACCAUCGUCUCGAUAUACGACAUCGGAUGCUUCCUCGGGGCCAUUGCUGCCUUCGCAUUCGUCAUGUCCAUCGGUGCCAUCCUCCAAACCUGCUCCUACACAGUCCCGCAAAUGAUUGUCUCGCGAGUGAUUACCGGUUUGGGAAACGGCGUAAACACAGCAACAGCACCCGUCUGGCAAAGCGAAACGUCCAAACCAGCCUGGCGAGGCAAACUCGUCGUGUUCUCCAUGAUCAUGAACAUCGCCGGCUUCUCCCUCAGCAACUGGAUGACCUACGGCUUCAGCUUCCUCCCAGGCAGCAUCUCCUGGCGCUUCCCCAUCGCCUUCCAGCUCUUCUUCUCCGCGAUCCUCUUAUCCACCAUCCCCUGGCUCCCCGAGAGCCCGCGCUGGCUCCUCGCACACGGGCACAUCGAGGAGGGCGUCGAGGUCCUCGCGGCGCUCGAGAGCGAGGACGCCACACCCCAGACCGCCAGCGUCGUCCACCAGAGAGACGCGAUUCUCCGCGCGGUGCAGAAGGAGAGGGAGGGGAGUGUGACGUGGAAGGAUGUUGUGGCUGGGAAUACGGGUAAUACGGGGAUGAUUAGACGGUUGUGUCUUGGUGCGGGCACGCAGUGGAUGCAGCAGCUGGUUGGGAUUAACGUUACGAGCUACUACCUCCCCCUCGUCCUCCAAAACUCCGUCGGCCUCUCCAACACCACCUCCCGCCUCCUCGCAGCAUGCAACUCCGUCUCCUACCUCAUCUUCUCCUUCUUCGGCCUGCUCCUCAUCGAAAAAGCCGGGCGCCGCAAACUCAUGAUGUGGGGCGCCGCAGGCCAGUGCGCUUGUUACGUCUUUAUUAGUUGGUUGUUGGCGUUGACGGAGGGUGUGGAGGAGGGUGAGGGUGAUGGGAUGAAGUACUCGUAUGGGGCGGGAGCGACGUUCUUUUUCUUUUUGUAUUAUUUGUUUUUUGGGAUUUGUUGGCAGGGUGUGCCGUGGUUAUACCCGACGGAAAUCAACAGUCUCUCGAUGAGAGCCAAAGGUGCCGGUCUCGCAACUGCGUCGAACUGGCUAUCGAACUACAUCGUCGUCCAAAUCACACCUCCCGGCAUCGCUAGCUUGGGCUGGAAGUUCUACCUCAUCUGGACCUUUUUCAAUUUUAUUUUUAUCCCAAUAAUCUGGCUCAUCUACCCCGAAACCGCCAACCGCCACCUCGAAGAUAUAGAUAAACUAUACCAGGAGAACCCGAAUAUGAUCAUCGUUCUAGGAAACAAGGAGGCGAUUCAGGUGGAGAGGCCGCAGAGGUUUGUUGAUGCGGAUAAGGAGUUGGCGGAUGGCCGUGGUCAUGGUCAUGGUGCUGGGGGUGCUGCUCAGGAUGGGGGUGGGGGGUCUGCUUUGGAUGAUGAACAGUGA